AUGGUCGGAGCUUCGUGCAGGCUGGGCAGCGCCCAGACGCCGGGACCCGCGCGUCAGCGCCGGGGCGUGCGGGCGUCCCACAGCCGCGGGGGGGCGGCCGGGCCAGUUUCCGCGUGGCGUCGCUGGUGCUGGCGUUGGCCCUGGAGGAUGGCCCUGAGUGGUGGCCGGCGCCGGCCUCCCGGGUCUCUCCCGGGUGCACUUGGAGUCGUCCCGCGGCCGCCAGCGGCAGAGUGGACAGCUGCGAGGCCAAGGGACACCUCAGGACACACGCAGCAGCCUCCUGGUGCGAGAAGACACCGGCUUAAGAGUGAGGAGACUCAAAAGUGCAGAGCUCUGUCAGCUCCCAGACUAGGAGCCAGUCCCUUGCAUGAAGGCUAUGAAAACUAUGUCUGCAGAAACUACUUCCAGGGAAAGUCUGCAGAUCUGGAUUUCUUGUUGGCACAACCAGAGAAAAAGGGGGAGUCUUCUAGUCUGGAAUUAUCACAGAAGCAAUCCAGGAAAAAAGAUCCAGGAAUGCCCCUUCUGCUUCUCAGGCAUGAAGAGAUUCACCACAACAGCUUCACUGUCAUGAGAGAUUGCAGGAAUUUAUCUCAGGAGGAAACCAGGCUCCCAGAUGCUGUUUUAUUAGAGGCCAGAACCACAUUGAACUACUGGAAAAGGAUUCAGCCAAACCCUUUCCAGGGAGAGAGACUGGAAGCUAGGUUGAUCCUGGGCAUUACAGCAACUGACAGAGCUUGCAAGAUGGCGUUUAAGGAUUGUUUCAGUUUGACCUACCCUGGCAACCCCUACCCAGGAGACUUGAUCGAAGUGUUCCGUCCUGGCUAUCAGCACUGGGCACUGUACUUGGGUGAUGGUUACGUUAUCAACAUAGCUCCUGUAGAUGGCAUUCCUGCAUCAUUUACAAGUGCUAAGUCUGUAUUCAGCACCAAGGCCUUGGUGAAAAUGCAGCUCUUGAAGGAUGUCGUGGGAAAUGACACAUACAGAAUAAACAAUAAAUAUGAUGAAACUUACCUCCCUCUCCCUGUAGAGGAAGUCAUAAAGCGGUCAGAGUUUGUAAUUGGACAGGAGUUGGCCUAUAACUUAUUUGUCAACAACUGUGAGCAUUUUGUGACAUUGCUUCGCUAUGGAGAAGGAGUUUCAGAGCAGUGCCCAGUAACAUGGACCCCUGCUCUGCUCAAAGAUGUGGUCAACAUGAAAAGAAGAACCUAAAAGCCAAACUACUAACCACUUCGUCUCAGGCAAAAUAAGAAGGCUAGGGUGGAAGACAGACCAGGAUACUUUGGGAAGAUAUUUUCUACCAAGCUGUGAGGUGUUGUCGUUUGUUUUCAAUACUGAAGAUGGAGCAGAAGACAAGAUGAGAAGGGGCAAGCAUGUAAAGUAUGGAUCCUUUUCCCAAGUCUGAUAUAAACAUUGUGAUUUCAUUCCUUUUUUUCUGCAAUCAUGUAUAUUUCCAGGAAAAUUAAGACACCCUGAUUCAAAGGAAAGUAUAAGAAACCAUUCUUAGUAAAGGACAAAUGGGCCUCCAAAACUACUGCUAUUCCUAAUGAUUGUGAAUUUUAAGUAGCUCAUGCCUUUAUCUAUGCAAUCUACAAACAUUCACUGAAUGCUCUGACAUACCCAGCUUAGUGAUAGGCAUAAUACUUGAUCAAAAAUGACUAAGACACAGUCCUUGCCCUAAAGGACUUGAACUACAGCAACAAGUAAAUCAUGUUUCAAAAGACAAAGAUGAAAAUCUGUGGAUUUGAACCCAUGCAUCCAGAACUGUAUUUCAUUGCCUCUCUGGAGUGCUUUCUCAGGAGUAAGCAUGAAUCAAGGAUAGAAAAAGUAAAAUGGGCCUAACAGAGCUGAACCACAUCUAAUUUUUAUAAAUCUAUGAAAUAUAAAAGCAAGUAGUUUCUACCCUGGAGUCUCACUGAGUCAUCUGCCACUGUAGAAGUUUUACCUCAUUACUUGUAUUCCGUAACAGUAUUCUGUACUCACAAAUGCAUUGGGUCACAGGCAUGAGGAGGAGCAUCUGAAGUUCAACUGCCACUGCAAGUUGGAACUCCCCUACUGAAACCUCCCCUCCUGGCUUAAGUUCUCACAUUCAACUGCCAGAACAUUUGCUGUAUUGUUUGGACAUUAAUUUAUUUCAAGCAAAUUUAUUGAGCACCUCUCAUAUAUCAGACAUUAUAUACAUAUAUAUAAUUGUGUGUGUGUGUAUAAAACAUGCCUGAUGCAUGAGAGGCACUUAAUAAAUAAUGUAUAUAUUUGGUGUGUGUGUGUGUGUGUGUGUGUGUGUAUCUUUUUGCUGGAAUGUAAGUUCUCCAGGGCAGGACUCUCAUGCUUCACCACAUUUCCAAGCACAUUUGUAAAGAGCUCCAUGAGUUGUACUGAUGAUGAAAAGCAUAAAAUAAGGUGAGGGUUCUGAGCACUAUCAUUGUGUACUCACCAUGACACAAACCAAGGUUAAGACACUAGAGAUAUUAAGCAAAGGGCUUAGGAGACUCUGCGAAGAUAAAUCGGUAAAACAUAAUGUUUGUUUGGUUAUGAGUGAAGAAGAAGAAAGAGUCUAAGGGUCUGAACCUCAACGCUGACUCUAAAGAGUAGAUUGUUCUUAGAAGCAGGGGACAUGGGAGUUGGGAAGAGGAGCUGCUUUUGAAGCAGGGGAAAUGAUCAUGUUUGAGGGUGUGAAAGGACACAGAUGCAAAUCCCCAGUGUUCAGGGUGUUGUGUAAAACUGUCUUGCUGAUAUGCAGCCAGCCAGGAGCAUGGAAAUUUAGACCUGCUACAUUUAGAUCAAUGAUUCCUGCCAGUGACCUGUUUAUUCUGGCUUGAGUUCCAAAAGACAUGCUGGGGAACUUCAUAGUUGUCUUUUUUGUAUGAAUAUCAAAAUCUGGUGAUGUUUUUCAGAUCACUGCCCAUGAAAAUGCCUAGAAAUUAACCCUAAGUGCUAUAGGAAACAACAGAGAAAUGAGAUUUAUGAAUAAAACAUAAAACUGGGUAUUUUGGUCUUAACUGCAUUUAAAAUAUAAGUAGACACGAGAUCAGAAGUGAGAGUGGAGUGGAGGUGAGGGAGGCGUCCUGUGAAAAUAAACAUCUCUUAAUGUAUUCCUGUAUUUGUCCAUUUUCACACUGCUAUAAAGAUACUACCUGAGACAGGGUAAUUUAUAAGCAAAAGAGGUUUAAUUGACUCACAGUUCCACAUGGCUGGGAAACCUCAGGAAACUUACAGUGGCAGAAGGUGAAGGAGAAGUGGGCAUCUUCUUCACAAGACAACAGGAGAAAGAAAGCACGCAGGGGAAACUGCCACUUUAAGAAUCAUCACAUGUCAGGAGAACUCCUUCACUAUCAUGCAAAUAGCAUGGGGGAAACUGCCCCCAUGAUCCAGUCACCUCCCAUCAGGUUCCUCUCUCAACGUGUUGGGAACCACAACUCCAGAUGAGAUGUGGGUGGGGACACAGAGCCAAACCAUAUCACUUCCCCUUCCCUGACACUGCCAAUCAACUGUAACAUCUUUUAUGUAAAAGAUAUUAGAUAUUUACUAAUUUAUAUUUUGGAGACAUGUAUUAGUAUUUAGAGAAGCUAUCUAAUGAAGUAAUACCUUUCUGCUUCCUCAUCAAUCCCAAACUCCUGAGAGAAAUGUCAGGGGAAGCAUCCCGCAUAUCAAAUAAAGGAGAGAAAAAGUAAGAAAUACCAUCAGUUUUAAAAUAUCAAAUCAAGCUUUCAACUGUUUACAUGAUACCUACUUAUCCUUUAAGGCUCAGUGGAAGUCACUUUUCUGUGGCUUUUAGCAGCACUCUCAAGCAACACUAAUGGCCCCUUCAUUAGUUCUCCAAUAGCACUUCGCCCAUACUUCUGUUGCAGCGUUUAUUACUUUAGGUUGAAUUCUGUCUGUCUCCAGAGCCAGACAAUGGGCCCACUGGUUGUGGGGGUGGAAAAGGAAGAAAUGACUUACCUGAUGAGAUGAGGCACACACUCGAUAUUGGCUGUUUUAGAGGUAAAAGGGGAUGCCACAGAUGCUUCCUGCUCUGACAAUGAAAUGCCUGCAUGAGCCACUUUCAAAGCCUGGAAUGAUAAGCCCAUGUCACACCCAUGACUUUUCAGGCUAGGCUUUACCUCUUAAGACACCAAGAAGCUGUUCUUCACAUCAUAGAGGUUUAACACUAUACCCUGUCAUCUUCGGGUCUCAGUUUAUGCUGUCCCUCCACCUGUCCCUCUUUCCCCUAAUCCACACAGUCACUAACUAAACAAUGACCCAGAGGUAGAAGAAUGGUGUGUGUACAGGCAUGUGUGUGUGGAUGUGGGUGUGUGUGUGUGCAAUGCCCUGCCUGUGGGGAAUAUAGAUGUGAUAAGGAGAUGGAAGCCCUCAUUCAAAAAGUGAAUUAAAAAGAUGACAGAAUUUGGAUGGACUUUGGUUAGGGACAUUUACCACUUUAGUUCUUGUACCUGGCAGGAAUCUUCAUGAAUAAAGGUGAAAGGUAGAAUCCCCACCUUUUCCUAGUCAGAUCCUACAAGAAUCAUGUGGGCAUAAAAUGAAAUUUGAUCUAUCUGUAGUUCCACAGACUACCUGGCACCAUGAACAAUACAUACUAGUUCCAUGUUUAAUAAA